UGCCGCGUGGUGGCGCUGGGCACCGGCAGCAAGUGCCUGGGUGGCGGCCAGCGCUGCGCCGCCGGUCGCACCGUCUCCGACUCUCACGCCGAAGCUGUGGCGCGCCGCGCCUUCCAGCGCUUCCUGUUGGCCGAGCUGCGUCGCCUGUACGCCGGCGAGGAGUGCUGCCUGCGCCGCGUCGUCGCCGGCGGCGGCGCCGAGCUACGGGCCGGUGUGCGCGUACACUUCUUCGCCAGCCACACGCCUUGCGGCGACUGCUCCAUCUUCCCUCGUGCGCCAGACGCCGAUGCCGGACCGCCAGCGAAGCGGGCCCGCGUGGACGGCGACGCGCCAGACGCCCACCGGAAGGGCGCGGAGCCGGCCGACGGUGACGCGCCUGACAUCUACCGGACGGGCGCGAAGCCGGUGGCCGGCGAGCGGGCCGACCCGCGCAAGCCUGGCGCCGGCUACCACGUGACGGGCGUGCUGCGCACCAAGCCGGGCCGCGGCGAGCCGACGCUCUCGAUGUCGUGCAGUGACAAGCUGGCCAAGUGGCUGCUGGUGGGCGUGCAGGGCGCGCUGCUCAGCUGCCUGCUGCCGUGGCCGGUGCCGCUCAGCUCGGUGGUGAUCGGCCGGUGUCCGUACAGCGCGGCGGCCAUGCGCCGCGCGCUGGUGGAGCGGACGGCGCUGCGACUGGCGCCGCUGAUCGCGCAGAGCCGGCUCGAGUUUGAGUUCGGCAAGGCGGCCGUGAUGCAUCGCGCUGGCGAGGAAAGCACUGAUCGCCCCCGGCGGGAGGGGGAGGACGCGAACCGGGGCGUGGAGGAGGAGGGCAGCGCUUCCAGGGUUGUACCAUCGCCCUGCAGCGUGGCCUGGAGCCUGGGCUGUUCGCGCGAGCUCGAGGUGUUUGCGGAUGGCGUACGGCAGGGCGUCACGAAGAAGGCCCGCGGGACGGCGGCGGCGCGUGUCGCCAUCUGUCGACGCGACAUGAUGCAGGAGUUUGUUCAACUGUUGAAAGAUGUCGGUCCCGAACAGCUGCCGACCGAGAUGCGCCUGUCAGUUGAUGGAGUGGAACGCUUGUCUUACAAGCAGAUGAAGGGUCUGGCCAAGUGUUACGGAGAGCGAUGGCGACGGGUGAAGGAGGAUAUCUUCCCAAACUGGGUGGAGAAGCCUGUGCAUUUAACGGACUUUACCUUGGCUGACAGCUAACGUGAACAUAGAAUACAAAGAUCGAUAGAGUGCAGUCUCCGCCACCCGCUGUUCUUUCCUCCUUCUUGCUUCACCCUGAAUCCUCGCGACAUCCCAUUCGUCCGGGAAAGGCCACACGCACCUCCCGUUAGUAUGCCCACGUGUC